AUGGUACUCGUUGAGCUUGGCGAAUUGAAACCUGACAUGACAAUCAACAUCAAAUGUGACUACAAGAGAACAGUUGACCUCACCAAAAACUCGACUCACCAUAGCAGAACCAAACACAUCGACGUGCACCAUCAUUUUGUUGGAGAAGCUGUGAAGAAUGGACAAGUUUCGGUGCUACAUGAAUCCACUGAAUUUGUUGUGGCUGAUGUCCUCACAAAAGCCUUAUCCAGAGUGAAACAUCGCUGGUAA